AUGGUGAAAUACGCUUCAAUCCCUAUUGCCCUCCUGGCCUCGUUGGGCACUGCGUUGGCCCAAACCGUGGAUGGCUCUGAUUAUGAUAGCCCUAACGGUGGCCCCCCGGCAAGCUGGUUCACUGCUUCCAGUACUAUCCCGGUGGCUGCUUUGAAGAGUGCUGCUGCUAAGGCCAGCAGUGCUGCUUCGGAUGCAACCUAUCCUAUCAAUUUCGAUAAGGGUGCUGCGAAGUCCACUAUCCACAAGGAUUGGUCGUCCUUCAGCGAGGGUGCCGCAUUCGUUUGGAUUGCCGACAUGGAUGUCGACUGUGAUGGCCUUGACUACGAGUGCGAGGGAAACCCUGAUGGCCUCCCCGAGACCAACUUCGGUGCUCUGGCAGCCUAUGAAGUGCCCUUCAUCGUGAUUCCAGACAGGUUCGCAACCACUUACGAGAAGGUUCUUCCUGGAAACAACGUCGGUGCCGUCAUCUGUGACGGAAAGAUGUUCUACGGCAUCUUCGGAGACUCCGAUGGCGACACUCCUCAAGUCAUCGGCGAGGCCUCGUGGUUGAUGGCCCGAACCUGCUUCCCCAACGAUGACCUGAAUGGAAACAGCGGCCACGUUGAUCCCGAUGUGACCUACAUUCUCUUCACUGGCAAGGACUCGGUGCUUCCCAGCAGUGCUCUCAACGAGAACUACAUCACCAACUUCAGCACCUUGCGCUCUAUGGGCGACAAGCUGAUGACCGCUCUCGCAAAGAACCUUAACCUGAGCUCUGGAGGACCUUCCACUACCUUGACCACUUCCGCUAGUGGCUCUAAGCCCACUUCAACCACUUCUUCCAGUGGCUCUUCCCCUACUGGAGGGUCUUGCUCUUGGGAGGGACACUGUCUCGGUAAGACCCUUUCCACUCUCAGCAUCCUGGCUCUUUACCAAACGAUUUUCUAG